AUGGGCCAGCUCCCAGCUGAUCGUGUAGUACCGGUUCGACCAUUUCACACUAUUGGAGUAGACUAUGCUGGUCUCUUCACGCUCAAGACGUUCCAGGGAAGAGGCGCAGAAACAUAUGAAGGCUGGAUAGCUGCUUUUGUCUGCUUCAUAACCUCAGCUGUUCACUUGGAGCUGGUGUCAGACUACUCCACAGAAGCCUUCAUAAAAGCCUACCGACGCUUUGUCAGUCGUCGAAGGGCAAGCUCAGUGCUCUAUAGCGACUGUGGAACCAACUUCAAGAGAGCUGAUUUCUUUCUCAAGGAUCUCUUUCGUCGAAGCUCAUCAGAAAACGCUCAGCUUGUCAGCUUAUUAGCUCAAGUAGGGACAAGAUGGAUCUACUCACCUCCCAGUGCUCCUCACUUUGGUGGAAAGUGGGAAGCCGCUGUAAAGUCGGUGAAGACUCACCUAGUAAGGAUUUUAAAAACAACCUUACUGACCUAUGACGACUUUGCCAUUCGACUAGCUCAAUUAGAGGCGGUGUUAAAUUCUCGACCGCUCUCGCCGCUUACUUAUGAUCCCGACAAUGUACGAGCUCUAACUCCAGCUCACUUUCUUAAUGGAACUUCUCAAGGAGUUCUUCCUGAAGCUGCUCCAACUCAUCUCCCUGAGUCACGACUUGCUCUAUGGGAGUUAAUCCAGCAAAAGCUCCAGCACUUUUGGAAGCGGUGGUCAAAAGAGUGCUUACAAAGAUAUCUCGCAAUCUCUAAGUGGAGAAAAGCAGCUCACGACAUUGCAGUCGGCUCUCUGGUUCUGCUCAUUAAAGAUAACUUCCCUCCAGCUCAAUGGCCUUUAGCUCGAAGCAUUAAUGUCUAUCCUGGACGAGGUGGACUCAUUCGGGUGGUCUCAAUCAAGACUUCAAAGACCACCCUUACCACACCGAUCACCAAGCUCAUUGUUCUACCAGUGGACGAGUACCGCGAGAACGUUACGGUAGACGGGGAGUAUGUUGCGAGAGGUUAA